AUGGCUAGUAGCGACGAAGAGCCAGCAGAUUCAUCUGUAUCUACGUUUAUUUCCACAUUAAUUCCAACAUUGGUUAUUGCUGUUGUAUUUUAUUUAGUAUUUGUUAGUCUUAGAAAGAAACAACAAAGAGUUUAUGAACCAAGAAAUGUUGUUGAAACCGUCUCGCCAGACUUGAAGCCUGGUGAAUCUCCAGCUGGAUUCUUUGGUUGGAUUAGUUUCUUGUUACAUAAACCAGAAAGAUAUAUUAUUCAACAAGCUGGUGUUGAUGGUUACUUUUUUAUUAGAUUUCUUUUCGAAUUUGCCGCUAUUUGUUUGAUGGGAUGCUGUAUUUUAUGGCCAAUUUUGUUCCCUGUCAAUGCAACAGGUGGUAAUGGUGAAGAAGGAUUUAAUAUUUUAUCAUAUGCUAAUGUUGCCAAUAAGAAUAGAUUUUUUGCUCAGAUUUUUUUGAGUUGGGUCUUCUUCGGUGCUGUAUUGUUUUUGAUUUACCGUGAAUUGGUUUAUUACACCACUUUUAGACAUGCCCUUCAAACCACUCCUUUAUAUGAUUCAUUGUUAUCUUCAAGAACAUUGUUAUUGACUGAAGUUCCUGAAAACUUAUUAAAGGAAACCGAGUUGAGAGGUUUCUUCCCUACUGCCACUAAUGUGUGGUAUGCUCGUGAUUACGCCGAAUUAACUAAAAAGGUCAAGGAAAGAAAUAAGCUUACUAGCAAGUAUGAAGGUACCUUGAACAAGACUCUUACGAAAGCUGUCAAAACCAGAAAUAAGGCAUUGAAGAAGAACAAGGAACCACCUUUACCAGCUGAUGAUUUAGACAAGUACUUGAAGGAUGGUAAGAAAAGACCAAGUCAUAAGUUGAAAUUCUUAAUCGGUAAGAAGGUUGAUACUUUGACCUAUUGUCCAGAAAGAUUAGGAGAAUUGAACACUGAAAUUAAGAAAGACCAGGCUCAACAUAAUGCUAAUACUCAAAUUCCAUCAGUUUUCAUUGAAUUCCCAACUCAAUUAGAAUUGCAAAAAGCCUACCAAGCUAUUCCUUAUAACAAGGAAUUAGNAACACUGAAAUUAAGAAAGACCAGGCUCAACAUAAUGCUAAUACUCAAAUUCCAUCAGUUUUCAUUGAAUUCCCAACUCAAUUAG